GGAACUCACCUCGUCUCCAGCAGUCCAGUCCAGUCUGUUGCCGAAAAAUUAAAUCUCAGCCGUGAUAUGUUAAAACAACAACAGCCGUCCGAUCUAGGGCUUCCGUUCCAAAGGCUCUCGCCUCUCUGCAGGGGAUAAUAUUCUGCCCUUGCUAGCUUCCGCCCACUUCUGUGUUGCAGCCGAGAGACGGAGGAAGAGGAGAAAGGUAGAAGAAUCGAAAAUGGUGCAGCGUCUCACUUACCGCAAGCGCCACAGCUACGCCACCAAGUCCAACCAGCACCGAAUCGUCAAAACCCCAGGUGGGAAGCUUGUUUACCAGACCACCAAGAAGAGAGCCAGUGGACCUAAGUGCCCCGUUACUGGGAAGAGGAUCCAAGGGAUUCCACACUUGAGGCCUGCUGAAUACAAGAGGUCUAGGCUACCAAGGAACAGGAGGACUGUGAACAGAGCAUAUGGUGGUGUUUUAUCUGGAGGUGCUGUAAGGGAGAGGAUCAUAAGGGCAUUUUUGGUGGAAGAGCAGAAGAUUGUCAAGAAGGUGUUGAAGAUUCAGAAGACAAAGGAGAAGCAGUCUUCAAAGGCCUAGAUCAGCUCCUUAAUAUGAGAUGAAUGUUUGGAUUAUUUGCUUAUGGUUUUUAUCCUAAUCAAAUUUUGAGUAAACAGAUGUGAGUUUUGAUGGAUUUUAUACACCCGAUCACUGACUUGUUUCACUUUGGCUGCCGUCUAUAUUAAGUAGCAUUUGUUUCAACUGCACUUCAUUAGUUUAAACAUCAGCCAUGUUUGGGAAGUUAUCUUCCCUGAAAUUUGAAAUUUCAUGGUGGGCAACACUAUUUGGUCCAUGGUUUGAAUCGAUAUUUGCUUGGAUCAGAUUUGAACAUAGUCUGU